CCCCUCCCCAGACUAUAUAGGAGCGUGCUGGCAAAGUUCAGAGUCUGAGCACGACAACAGCGAGAAAGCAGCGACAUGGCGAAGUGUGGAACAUGUGGACCCGGAUACAAGACUCCUCUGGAUGCCAUGAAAGGCCCCAGAGAGGAGCUGAUCUACGUUCCCUGUAUCUACCGCAACACCGGCAUUGACAAGCCUGACUACCUGGCCACGGUGGAUGUGGACCCCAAAUCUCCCCAAUAUUCCCAGGUCGUCCACCGCCUGCCGAUGCCGAACGUGAAGGACGAGCUUCACCACUCCGGAUGGAACACCUGCAGCAGCUGUUUUGGGGACGCCACCAAAGUCCGGAACAAGCUCAUCCUUCCUUGUCUCAUCUCCUCCCGCGUCUAUGUGGUGGACGUGGGCACCGAGCGCCGGGCUCCGCGCAUUCACAAGGUGGUGGAAGCGGAGGAGGUGAAGAAGAAGUGCGGCCUGCUGAACCUGCACACCUCGCACUGCCUGGGCUGCGGGGAGAUCAUGAUCAGCACUCUGGGGGACCCCGACGGGAACGGGAAAGGAGGCUUCGUGCUGCUGGACGGAGAGACGUUUGAGGUGAAAGGGAACUGGGAGGUUGAGGGCCACGCUGCGCCCUUCGGCUACGACUUCUGGUACCAACCGCGCCACAACGUCAUGGUUAGCACCGAGGGGGGGACGCCCCGAAAACUCACCAACGGGUUCAACAUAGAGGACGUCAAGGCUGGUGAGGGGGGUACAGGAAGUGCAAGAGACAAUGACCCCAAGAUGUGACUAUUGGGGGGCCAACGUCAUCUCCAAAAUCCCCCCCUCGAGGACGGACAGAUUCCCCUGGAGGUCAGGUUUCUGCACAACCCCGACGCCGAGCAGGGAUUCGUCGGCUGCGCGCUCAGCUCCUCCAUCUUCCGCUUCUACAAGACCGCGGAUGGAAAGUGGGCGGCCGACAAGGUCAUCCAGGUACCGUCCAAGAAGGUGGAGGGCUGGGCACUGCCGGAGAUGCCGGGUCUGGUUACGGACAUCCUGAUCUCCCUGGACGAUCGCUUCCUCUACUUCAGCAACUGGCUGCAUGGACACUAUGGCCACCAAAUCCACGUGUGGGACUGGACCAAGCACACCCGCAUACAGACCCUGGACCUGGGAGAGGACGGACAGAUUCCCCUGGAGGUCAGGUUCCUGCACAACCCCGACGCCGAGCAGGGAUUCGUCGGCUGCGCGCUCAGCUCCUCCAUCUUCCGCUUCUACAAGACCGCGGAUGGAAAGUGGGCGGCCGAAAAGGUCAUCCAGGUGCCGCCCAAGAAGGUGGAGGGCUGGGCACUGCCGGAGAUGCCGGAAGGGUUAUUUGCAGUGAGAGCGGUAUAUGGGAAGGGUUCUUUGUGGCGAGAGCGGUAUAUGGGAAGGGUUCUUUGCAGUAAGAGCGGUAUAUGGGAAGGGUUCUUUGCAGUCUUUCUGGGUGGCAGCAUUCUCAAAGGGGGCGCGGUGAAAGUACUGGAAGACAAGGAGCUGAAAUGUCAGCCAGAUCCCGUGAUCAUUAAGGGGAAGAAGAUUCCGGGGGGACCCCAGAUGAUCCAACUCAGCCUGGACGGGAAGAGGCUGUACGGCACAAACUCUCUGUACAGCGCCUGGGACAAACAGUUCUACCCGGACAUGAUCAAGGAAGGCUCGGUCAUGAUCCAGCUUGACGUGAACACACACAAGGGCGGACUCUCGGUGAACCAGGACUUCCUGGUGGAUUUUGGGAAGGAGCCGGACGGUCCAGCUCUGGCCCACGAGUGCCGCUAUGAAGGAGGAGACUGCAGCUCCGACAUCUGGAUCUAACACACUUCGCUCG